UCAGGCUUCUCUGAAACUUGUAGGAAACUUGUAGGAAUGAGUCCUCUCUGUCCGCCCUUCCCAAAAUUCCAUGGCCGCCGCCGCCGCCUCCUUCUCCUCCUCCUCUACCGCUCUGAUUCCACCUCCGCUCCCCGAGGGCGAUGGCGACGACGCCCCAAACUGGGUCCUCCUCGACAUCGAUGGCUACAUGGGUGACUACAGCAACGCCACCUCGGCCGAGAGCCACACGAGCACCGGCAAACGCAUCCAAGUGUCCUUCUUCACCGCUCGCCCGCCCCAAGUUUCCCAUUUCUGUGUCUUCUGCCCAGAUCUUGGACCCGGCGGUUUCAGGGCGCCUCCCAAGGGCGCACCCUCGGAACCCAUCGCUGCACCUUGUUCCGCACCCCUACCCCAACAACUUCAAAGAUAAGGACGUCGCCCUCCUCAGCUUGGGCGGCGACGAGUACGCCGUCGCCGCUCUCAGAACAAGGUACCGCACCGAGGAGGGUGUGACGACGCCUAACACGGAGUUCAAUCUCUACCUGUACCGCUCCUCCAAACCCCUCGACGGCUGGACCUCCAAGGUGGUAUCGGUGGCAGAGCCACUGAGGGACAAGGUGUGCCCUUUGGAUUUCUUGCCGUAUCAUGCCACCACCAAGGUGAUCAUACUCGGGCGCGGCAUGGUCGGCUGGGUUGACCUCUGGCGCGGCAUCCUUCUCUGCAAUGUGCUCCAGGAGAAUCGCCCCGACCUCGUCGACAUACCGCUGCCGCCGCCAGCUAGGGGUAACUGGAAACUCCUCCUCCAAUGCCACCCCUACGUCGUUCGGGACAUCACCGUCAGCCUGCUUAAAGAUUCCAUAAAGUGCAUCGAGAUCGAAAACUUCGAGAGAAAGCUCGUGGACGCUGAUUCCAGUAGAGCUAUAGCCUGGAAGGCCACCACAUGGAGCCUACCGAUCCCGAUUGUUCCAUCGCAAGCUUGGCAUCCUGACUGCACCUUUGAUGUUGCUGACAUCACUAUUGACCCAAUGCAUUCUGGGCCGCUGCCUAGUCUGCGCACUACCGACGACAACCCCUCAAAGCCAAUAUUACCGGCACACCUCAUUGGUAUCCCCACCAUGAGUAUGGAUGGUGAAUUUUUCUACCUGCUGCAUAAGGCCUGCCACACCCCCCAGACGGAUGCGGUGAUUGCUCUUGACAUGAGGAACAAGACACUGCAAGGAUUCGCAGACCUUGUUACUGGAAAAGACUUCACUCUUACGCGUUGCUGCACCAGCGAAAUCUCCAAAUACCUUUGUAAGGAUAAAGGCACAAGAUAAGCUUCAGAAACAACCAUGCGGUCAUAUAUGCAGGAAUUUGGUCUGUAGAAAGAGGCUUGCUGGCAACUGGCCCAGAUGGGAGCUAUUGAACGAAUUGGAAAAAUGGCCACUGAGUUCCAUCGCUGUUGCACAAAGUUUUAGUGUAUCUGCGUACUAGUAAAACCAUCGUAAUGGUUCCUUUGGUACUUGUUUUAUGCAAUGAACUCGUUUGGUACUUGUUUUAUGCAAUGAAGUCGUUUGGUAUUUGUUUCA